CCAGCGUGGUCGCCGCCCCUCGGAAGCCUCCGGAGCCGCACGGGGGUUCGCUACGGAGGGAGGCGGGGGCCUGCGGGAGGAGGCGGAGGAGGAGCGAGGGAAGAUGGCGGCCUUGGAGCUCGAGUGGAUCCCCGAGACGCUCUACAACACCGCCAUCUCCGCUGUCGUGGACAACUACAUCCGCUCACGCCGGGACAUCCGCUCCUUGCCGGAGAAUAUCCAAUUCGACGUUUACUACAAGCUUUACCAACAAGGACGCUUAUGUCAACUGGGCAGUGAAUUCUGUGAAUUGGAAGUUUUUGCUAAAGUUUUGAGAGCUUUGGAUAAAAGACAUUUGCUUCAUCAUUGUUUUCAGGCUUUGAUGGAUCAUGGUGUCAAAGUUGCCUCCGUCUUGGCCUAUUCAUUCAGUAGACGGUGCUCCUACAUAGCAGAAUCAGAUGCUGCCGUAAAGGAGAAGGCCAUCCAGGUUGGCUUUGUCUUAGGUGGCUUUCUUUCCGAUGCUGGCUGGUACAGUGAUGCCGAGAAGGUUUUUCUCUCUUGCCUUCAGUUGUGUACUCUACAUGAUGAGAUGCUUCACUGGUUUCGAGCAGUGGAAUGCUGUGUGAGGUUGCUUCAUGUUCGAAAUGGAAAUUGCAAAUAUCAUCUAGGUGAAGAAACAUUUAAAUUAGCUCAGACGUACAUGGAUAAGCUGUCAAAACAUGGCCAGCAAGCAAACAGAGCUGCUCUCUAUGGAGAACUGUGUGCACUCCUGUUUGCAAAAAGCCACUAUGAUGAGGCAUACAAGUGGUGUGUUGAGGCAAUGAAAGAAAUUACAGCAGGCUUACCUGUCAAAGUUGUGGUGGAUGUUUUAAGACAAGCUUCUAAGGCUUGUGUAGUCAAACGUGAAUUUAAGAAGGCUGAGCAGUUAAUUAAACAUGCAGUGUAUUUGGCACGAGAUCAUUUUGGAUCCAAACACCCAAAAUAUUCUGACACACUGCUAGAUUAUGGGUUCUACUUACUCAAUGUGGACAAUAUCUGCCAGUCUGUUGCAAUUUACCAGGCAGCACUUGACAUUCGGCAGUCAGUGUUUGGUGGCAAAAAUAUUCACGUGGCUACAGCUCAUGAAGACCUGGCUUAUUCUUCCUAUGUUCACCAGUACAGUUCUGGAAAAUUUGACAAUGCACUAUUUCAUGCAGAAAGAGCCAUUGGUAUCAUCACCCACAUCCUACCUGAAGAUCAUCUUCUUCUGGCUUCCUCAAAGAGGGUGAAAGCACUCAUUUUAGAGGAGAUUGCAAUUGACUGUCAUAACAAAGAAACGGAACAGAGGUUGCUUCAAGAAGCACAUGACUUGCACUUGUCUUCACUCCAACUAGCUAAGAAAGCUUUUGGAGAAUUUAAUGUACAGACCGCAAAACACUAUGGAAACCUUGGAAGACUUUAUCAGUCAAUGAGAAAAUUUAAGGAAGCUGAAGAGAUGCACAUAAAAGCAAUUCAGAUCAAGGAGCAGCUUCUUGGUCAAGAAGAUUAUGAAGUCGCCCUUUCGGUGGGACAUCUGGCAUCCUUAUAUAAUUACGACAUGAAUCAGUAUGAAAAUGCUGAGAAACUGUAUUUGCGAUCUAUAGCAAUUGGAAAGAAACUGUUUGGUGAAGGCUACAGUGGACUAGAAUAUGAUUACCGAGGCCUCAUUAAACUUUACAACUCCAUUGGAAAUUAUGAAAAAGUGUUUGAGUAUCACAACGUUCUGUCUAACUGGAACCGGUUGCGAGAUCGACAGUAUUCAGUGACCGAUGCCCUUGAAGAUGUCAACAGCAGCCCCCAGUCCACUGAAGAAGUGGUGCAGGCAUUCCUGAUGUCUCAGAAUGCUGAGGGACCAAGCUGCUGAGGGACAGCCUCAGCUAACAAUUACCUUUUCCCAGAUUCCAGGGAAUUCAUACUGUGAAAUCAAAACCAUGUUGUUUUGGGGCUGGCAUUUGCAUUGAAACACUGAUCCAGCCCAUUGAAGGCCCUAUUUCGGGUAGUCCUGUAUUGCAGUUCCUGUAGAAUAAGCAUAUAUUGAGUUAUGUCAGCAUGUGCCGCGUAUAUAAGUAGUCCCACAUUCUCACCCUAGCAGAACACCAGAAAACCUUUUUUUUUUUUUCCUUUUUAAGAAAUAAUUCAUUUUUCAGAAAGCCUAAAAGGAAAAAAAACGAACCCCUAAAUAAAGUUAUUUAAGAGUUUAAAAGAGUUGCAUUCUUAUUAUGUAAGGAUGAUUUUAACAACUUUUAAACAUUUCUUCCAUGUGGAGGUAUUCAGUGCUGUAUUGGAAGGAAAUUUUAUGGAAAACUCUUUAUAUGCAGUAUAGAAAAGUAACACAGGUACUAAUAAAGGGGGCAGAGGCACCCUGACACAGAUUUCCCAGAUCAGUGCAUGCAGCCAUUCCAGGGCUGUGUCUCAGUGUGAACUGUCAGACUCAUCUCACUGGGCCAGUGUCAGACUGUCAGUUACAGAGCACCAGGGAGACCAGCAGCGCUAGUGAGAUAGAUACUCUCAUAGGGUUUGCUACCAGGACCAGAAGGAUCUAAAAGGACCAGGCACCCGUGGAAGGUGUUAUUUGGACCAGAGGCUUUAGAUUGUUAUUUUAGUCACUGCACUUGCCUUUUCUGAUAGAACAGUUUCAUUUACAUAGAAUGCAAAGUACUAAUGAGUUUUAUUUAUAUCACAGAUACAAAACUAUGGGAUGUGGACAGUGGCAGUGGCAAAUCUUCAGUCGAGGUACAUAGAUGGCAGUGUCAUACACAAGUGUGUAACUGUCUGCUCCGGCCACCCUCACUUAAUCUUCUCCCUAGUACUCCAUGUUAGCAAACAUAGGGCUAAGAGUCAGGAAAUAACUCAUGUUCAGAUGAGAACUUUAUGUUACUGUAUGGUUUGUGGGGAUUAAGAAGAUUGAAUGCACAAAAAAGUUUAGAAAAUCCUUCAUUUUUAUGGAAAAUAAUAAUAGGACAACCAGUCAUUUUAACUAAAAUCCAGGAGUCAAGUGGGAAAAUCCUCCAAUUAUUGUGUCUCUUUUACUGGUUGGGGCUUUGGUUUUCUAAUUUUUUUAAAGCUAGCCAGGUUAUUUAAUAUGGACUAAUAUUCAAUUGCUAAGUUGUGACAUGUAAUGAAAAGAUCUUUUGCUGUUACCUCAAUUCUUAGCACAGUGGCCCAUCUCUUGCCUCUGUAGUUAAGAAUCUGGGUUUCUCCCCUAUUUUCAGGGGUUCCUGACGUGGCCGUUAGAUACACUGCUCCUGGCAGUGCUUGGAGUAGUAUAUAGGUGGGUGGGUGGGUGUCAGAUUUUGUUCUUUUAGCAUGCUUGUUGAGUAAGGGGGGAAGUUAUCAUGUACAGAAACAUUAAUUUAGUGACUUCACAAUUUACCUUAAACUCUUUUUUGAACUUCCCAAUUUUAUCUUUGUUUGAAACUGCUAUUUGCAGUUUUAGUGAAGCCAGGGCACUUAGGUCCUUAGAUGGGAACUCAGUGAGUAUGUACCCCAGCAGGCGAGGCCGGCUAACACAGCAGCUUUGAGUUUGGCGACUUGAAUUUAUUCCUCUAACUGAAUUUCUUUUCAAAGAAUAAAUUGGCACACUUGCAAUUUAUGCAGCUGGUCUCCUCCCA